AUGUCCGCCGUCGCAGAUUCCGUUAAGAACGGACCAUUAAAGUUACCCGAGAAUGAAAAUCUCACACCUUCGGGAGUCAGAGCCACCGCAUUCCCUAACGAAAACUCUGGCGCUGCGGAGAGAUGGCCAGGUUUUCCUGGUGACUGCGUGUUUCGUCUGAUCAUUCCGGCGCAUAAGGUCGGAGCUAUUACAGGACGUCAAGGAGAAUUCAUUAGAAAGUUGUGGCAGGAGACUCGUGCUCGCAUCCAAGUCCUCGAUGGUCCCGUUACGACUCAUAAUCGCCUCGUGAUAAUAUCUGGAAAGGAAAAACCAGAAGCCAACAUGUCCCCUGCAAUGGAGGCAGUCGUCAGGGUGUUCAGGCGAAUUGCAAGGUUGCCUGAUAACGAUGAUGAUGAUCAAAACGCUGUAAGUGCGUACUCUUCAGUGCGCUUGUUAGUCCCGGGGACGCAGGCGCUCUCUUUGAUUGGAAAGCAAGGUUCUAUAAUCAAAUCAAUAGUACAGAACUCUGGUGCAUCAGUUCGCAUUUUAUCACAAGAUGCAACGCCGUGGUAUGCUGCAGAAGAUGAAAGGAUAGUUGCUUUCCAUGGGGAAGCUUUGAAGAUUGUAAAAGCGUUAGAAGCGGUUGUUGGACACCUGAGGAAAUAUUUAGUUGACCAUUUUGUGAUUCCUUUCUUUGAGGAAGAAUAUCUAGCUAGAGUCUUUCAAGAAGAUGGAGCAUUAGCUGACAAGAAUCCAUCUCUCCCUGCUGAACCCUCAAAUGUAACCGAUUCUGAUUCCUGGCUCUUGGCAAGGAGAGAAGCUCUCGUUCUGGAGGGCAAGAAUCGAGUGGAGUCACGUGUUCAGCCUUCGGGAGUUUUAUUUACACAGGAAGAUCCCAUUUUUAGUGCUAUCGAGGUUCCUUAUGUCUCAGAAAUAGUAAAAGACGUUUUCUAUAAUUGGUUUUCCUGCUAGGUAUGUCAAACAGUUCGAGCUCCAAUCUCCUAUUCCGAUGAUAUUAUUGGUUCAGGAGGAGCUAAUAUAAAUUACAUUCGUUGGAGAAGCGGAGCUAUAUUAAUCGUUGAAGAGAGUCUAAAUCCUGGUGAAAUGAUAUUGGUAAUCAAAGGCACAUUUUCUCAAGUAGAAAUUGCUUAUCAACUAAUUCAAGAGUUAGUCAGCACGCAGAAGGAUCCAGUUUCGGUUUCAGGGGGAAAUGCCAGAAUCGACACUGGCAAUGUACCUGUGAACCCUCCUCAGCUGAGCAACCGUCAAGAGACGCUCUCGAGCAGCUACAUGGGCACAGAGACGGGGCCAAACGCAUCCUCUCAGGUCACGGGUCCUUCCCCCAGCCGUCACUGACCGCGCAAACUUAUGGAGCAGUGUAUAGACCAGUUUGUGUAUUGUUCUCGAGGUCUAACUCAUUUCUAGAUCAAUUUAUGUUUAUAGAGGGGGCUCAUUUAUACAAAAGAGGGAAAGACCAAGUGCUAGAAACCAAUGUCUUGAAUGUGUGAUAUAAAUCUAAGUGCCUUUUGUUUUUCCCUUUCAAAUCUCGAUAUGUUUUACUGACGUCUUGAAUGUGUGAUAUAAAUCUAAGUGCCUUUUGUUUUUCCCUUUCAAAUCUCGAUAUGUUUUACUGACAGUGUCAAAUAAGAACAGUUUCAUGUUUUUUUCUUUUCAGUUUCAUGUUUUUCAUUAUUAUACUGUUCGUUUUGUUUUUGUUGAAAACGUAUAUUUUAUUUUUACCUAGAGAGAUAAGUUUUGUCUGGUCUGAAGAGUCUUUUUGCAAAAAUAACCAACGUCUACACAAAUUAUGUUUAUUGCUAUCACGCUUCUUGGUAAAAUGUAAGACUCUAGAUACAACUCAAGAGUCACGAGUUUGGAGAAAAAAGGAAAAGAGGUCGUGAAGUAACAUUUUAAACAGUUGUAAAUUGGCUUGCAGAAAACCAAGCCCAAUGUCUCUCCUAAUUACUAUUGUGACACACAACACACGAAGACUGUCCAUCGCGUGAGGAACAGUGCACAAUCAGCAGAAACAAGGUACACCAAAAAUCAAUCCCCAUGCAAUCAAAUUCUGCACUCUUUCAAAUAUGUUAUAAUUUAUGAUAGAUUGAUCAUGAGUGUGUAUAAAAUAAGUUGUAAAUCAUUUAGUCAAAAACUAUUGACAAAGAAAUAAGAAAAUUUUCAUCUUUUCCAAAUUACUUUCUUUUUCCUUGUCAAUAACCUCAUUCUACUAGGUUUGAAUCGGGUUGAAGGUGCAACAAAAAUGCACCAAACCAAUAAACUACCUGCCAUGUUUUUCUCCAAACCAUUUAUUUUUUCAUUCUAUGUUUUUUUGAAAUAUAUAUUUUAUUUCAUUAGCGGUGUUUUUAUUUUAUUUUUCAUAUUUAAUAUUAAAUAUGAGCACUCCACUAUAUCAUACCAUGUGAUCAUAUGGAUAUGAAUUUGUUGCCUAAGGCUCAUUUGAAUAUUCAUUGAGAUAAUUUAUCGGUGAGCUGCACUUCUAUUUGUGGAUUGGUCUGGACAUUUCGAAAUACCCUAAAUUAAUCAAAAAAUAAAAUAGAAACCAACUUUGAAUCACUGACAACGACAUGCACGCGAAUACAAUAGAAAAAAAAGGUAACGCAAACCGUGUUAAUUAAGAAAACAAAGCAUAUAGAUUGCAAAUUAUAUUCGCUGCACAUGGUAUUUGUAGUUUGUAAUUUGUUGUUUUCUGAGAAAAAGCAAAAUAAAUGGACGAAAACAGCCAUCUGGACGUAACGUACAUGCUCCUUCUCUCCUAUAGCGAAUAAGGGGGAAAUGUUGAUUCUUUCUGUAUACUUUUUAUAGACGUAUGUUUUAGAGUUUUCUUACUUAAUAAAAAUGCAUUAAAUUUUAUUUACCAAUGCAUUAUUUUUCAUAAUUAAUUAUUUUAUAUAAUUUUAACUAAUAGUAUUUUUUAAUAAAAACCAUUAUAAUUUUUAAUUUACAAUUUAUCAUUAGUUAAUUAAUGCAUUGAAAAUAUAAAAAAAUUGUUUAACAUAGUUCCUUUUUAAAAUGGAAGAAGUAUUUAUGAACGAUACGAUUUAUCAUUGGGGAUCAAACCGGAUUAAGAAAGUAUAAUAUAGUCCCCAUAAAAUUACCCAAUCUACUUUAUCUUCUUGACCUCACCACCUCUAAGCCUGAGUAAAUGUUUUUGCAUUAUAUUUCAUUCAAAUGAUUAUGGAUGUCUAACUUGAUAAAAGUAAACAAUAUUUCGUAUUUAUUCUAAAUGUUUCUCGUUGUAGUUACUUCAACUUUUAAUUAGUAUUCUAAGCAAACUCCUCUAUAUGACUAUAGUACUUUAUAUAGAAUUCUCUCUUUUUUUCUUUAUCUCUACAGCCAGAUUUGAUUCUUCUUCUUUGUUCCUAGAUUCUUUUUUAGACCAUAAUUAAUCCGGAUUCUUAUGGUGGAGUUCUUACCUUCGGUUAAAAACCGUUUCUUUGCUUUUAACUAAGAAAAACUAAGAACCGUCUCUUAAAUAAGAGAUAUAAAAGCCGGUUCUUAGCCGAAAAGUGUAAAAAAACAAAAAAAAAAACCAAAAAAAAAAUAAAAAGUAUCAAAUCAUAAGUUAAAAAUCCCAAAUAUUUUAGCAGCUUGUUCAUUGUUGGAAAGAUUGGGCAUGUGCAAGCGUGACAAUUAAAGUAGAUAAUGAUGACUAAAGCACUAGUUGAUGACAUGGGAAUACAUAAAAUGUAGAGGUUAAAGGAUGAAGUAACAAAAAAGAAGGUUGUUUUCCAUAUGAACCAAUAUAUACUACUAUUACUUAUUCAUAUAUAGAGUACUUGUCAUAUGUAUUUUUAAGUGUUUUAACUUUUAACAAACUUCACCGAAAGCUAAAGAGGAAAUAUACUUUCCACGUUGAGAAGUAUACCAUAAUUAGUAUUAAUUUGUAAAUAUUCAUAUCCAUGAUCUAAUUGUGUUCAAUCAACAACGUUAAAAUGUCCAAAGCUUUUGUUGCCGGGAUUAUAAUAGCAAUAUUGUUCUACUAGCGUAGAAGAGCAACCACCAAUCUCAUCAUGAACCUUUCUAGCAAGGCUGACUUCUACAUUUCAUUUCAUUAAACUUUCUCCAUCCCUGAGCUAGUCCUACUCUCAUAAAAAGCAACUUGAAUCCAACGCUACAAUACGACCAGAAUUGUCUUUUCCUUUUUUACUGAUUGAGAGUUCCACCAAUAAAUCUCGUAGUGAGCAAUCUUUUUUUUAUAGAAAUAUACAACUUGACGAAACAACACUAAGUAAAGAAACCAGACGGAGCACGCGUUUAUCAA